GGUACAGCUCUGCUUCUUCUCCAUCUCUGGGUGGGAAUGAGCUACAGAGGAAGUCCAAGACUGCCCUGGCCUGAACCCUGAGACCACGAGGCGUUAGCAACAGUGUUCACUCACUGAGCCCAGGCGAGCCAGCGGCCCCGAGCCGCACUCUGCAGGAGUAGGAGCCAGCCCAGCGCUGCGCUUCCAGCUGCGUCUGCCUGGGCGCAGCACGUGCUCCAGGCGCUGGCGCGAGAGAGCGAGCGCCACCACCGAGGGCCCGCAGCCGUUCUGCUGGCUGCCACUACUGCUUCGAUCGCAGCCACUAGCGAUUUAGCAGCAGCCAAGGCCGCUACGAAAGCGCAGGGAGCUUGCAAGGAGCUGCUGGCCAGGGGAACAAGGCUCAGGGCGCGCACCUGGUGAUUUCAUCCAGAUUCUUGGUUUACAAAAACAGACAUCUGUAUGCUGAUGCCUCCCACAUUUUUAUCAACAAUUCAGACCUCUUUAGAGAAACUCAGCCUUGUAUAUCCAGCUUUUUUGUCCACAUAUGUUCAUGAAUUUGAGUAAUGAAGAUCAUGAUCAUAUGGAUGCAUUUAACUAGACACUAUCUGGGGACCUUGUUAUUUCUUAGAGUACAUAUCUAAAUUGCUGACUAAUUUCUCAAUGUGUUGUUCAACACAAGAGAACAUUUGAUUGCACCUAUUGGAAAUCUGAGUUUCUUCCACCAUGAUGUCUUUAUUAGCUUGAAUUUCUUUCCUAAAAUGGUCCUUCUGUUGAUCCUGUCAGUCCUACUUUUGAAAGAAGAUGUCCGAGGGAGUGCACAGUCCAGUGAGAGGAGGGUGGUGGCUCACAUGCCAGGUGACAUCAUUAUUGGAGCUCUCUUCUCUGUCCACCACCAACCAACUGUGGACAAAGUUCAUGAGAGGAAAUGUGGGGCAGUCCGUGAGCAGUAUGGCAUUCAGAGAGUGGAGGCCAUGCUACAUACCUUGGAAAGGAUCAAUUCAGAUCCCAAUCUCUUGCCCAACAUCACACUUGGCUGUGAGAUAAGAGAUUCGUGCUGGCAUUCAGCUGUGGCCCUAGAGCAAAGCAUUGAAUUUAUAAGGGAUUCACUCAUCUCUUCAGAAGAGGAAGAGGGUUUGGUACGCUGUGUGGAUGGCUCUUCUUCCUUCCGCUCCAAGAAACCCAUAGUGGGAGUCAUUGGUCCUGGCUCCAGCUCUGUGGCCAUACAAGUCCAGAAUUUGCUCCAACUUUUCAACAUACCUCAGAUUGCUUACUCUGCAACCAGCAUGGAUCUGAGUGACAAGACUCUAUUCAAGUAUUUCAUGAGGGUUGUACCUUCAGAUGCCCAGCAGGCACGAGCCAUGGUGGACAUAGUGAAGAGAUAUAACUGGACCUAUGUCUCAGCUGUGCACACAGAAGGCAACUAUGGAGAAAGUGGGAUGGAGGCUUUCAAAGAUAUGUCAGCCAAGGAAGGGAUUUGCAUCGCCCACUCUUACAAAAUCUACAGCAAUGCUGGGGAGCAGAGCUUUGACAAGUUGUUGAAAAAGCUCAGAAGUCACUUGCCCAAGGCCCGGGUAGUAGCCUGCUUCUGUGAAGGCAUGACAGUGAGAGGUCUGUUGAUGGCCAUGAGACGCUUGGGUCUAGCAGGAGAGUUUCUGCUUCUGGGCAGUGACGGCUGGGCUGACAGGUAUGACGUGACAGAUGGGUAUCAGCGAGAAGCUGUCGGUGGAAUUACCAUCAAGCUCCAGUCUCCCGAUGUCAAGUGGUUUGAUGAUUAUUAUCUGAAACUCCGGCCAGAAACAAACCUCAGAAACCCUUGGUUUCAAGAAUUUUGGCAGCAUCGCUUUCAGUGCCGGCUGGAAGGGUUUGCGCAGGAGAACAGCAAGUACAACAAGACUUGCAACAGUUCUCUGACUCUAAGAACACAUCAUGUUCAAGAUUCCAAAAUGGGAUUUGUGAUCAAUGCAAUCUACUCUAUGGCUUAUGGGCUCCACAACAUGCAGAUGUCCCUGUGCCCAGGCUAUGCGGGGCUCUGUGAUGCAAUGAAGCCAAUUGAUGGGCGGAAACUAUUGGACUCCCUGAUGAAAACCAAUUUUACUGGAGUUUCUGGAGAUAUGAUCCUAUUUGAUGAAAAUGGAGACUCUCCAGGAAGGUAUGAAAUAAUGAAUUUCAAGGAAAUGGGAAAAGAUUAUUUUGACUACAUCAAUGUUGGAAGUUGGGACAAUGGGGAAUUAAAAAUGGAUGAUGAUGAAGUAUGGUCCAAGAAAAAUCAUAUCAUCAGAUCUGUGUGCAGUGAACCCUGUGAGAAAGGCCAGAUAAAGGUGAUCCGGAAGGGAGAAGUCAGCUGUUGUUGGACCUGCACACCUUGUAAAGAGAAUGAGUACGUGUUUGACGAGUACACCUGCAAGGCGUGCCAGCUGGGGUCCUGGCCCACUGAUGACCUGACAGGUUGUGAUUUGAUCCCAGUACAGUAUCUUCGCUGGGGUGACCCUGAGCCCAUUGCAGCUGUGGUCUUCGCCUGUCUCGGUCUGCUGGCCACCCUGUUUGUUACUGUGAUCUUCAUCAUUUAUCGGGAUACUCCAGUGGUCAAGUCCUCCAGCAGAGAGCUCUGCUACAUUAUUCUUGCCGGCAUCUGCCUGGGCUACUUAUGCACUUUCUGCCUCAUUGCAAAGCCCAAGCAGAUUUACUGCUAUCUCCAGAGAAUCGGCAUCGGUCUCUCUCCAGCCAUGAGCUAUUCAGCCCUUGUAACCAAGACCAACCGUAUUGCGAGGAUCCUAGCUGGCAGCAAGAAGAAGAUCUGUACCAAAAAGCCCAGAUUCAUGAGUGCCUGUGCUCAGUUAGUGAUUGCCUUUAUUCUCAUCUGUAUCCAGCUGGGCAUUAUUGUGGCCCUGUUUAUCAUGGAGCCUCCGGAUAUAAUGCAUGACUACCCAAGCAUUCGAGAAGUCUACUUGAUUUGUAACACCACCAAUCUAGGGGUUGUCACUCCUCUUGGAUACAAUGGAUUGUUGAUUUUGAGCUGCACGUUCUACGCUUUCAAGACCAGAAAUGUUCCCGCUAACUUUAAUGAGGCCAAGUAUAUCGCCUUCACCAUGUACACAACCUGCAUCAUAUGGCUGGCCUUCGUGCCUAUCUACUUUGGCAGCAACUACAAAAUCAUCACCAUGUGUUUCUCAGUCAGCCUCAGUGCUACGGUGGCCCUGGGCUGCAUGUUUGUGCCGAAGGUGUACAUCAUCCUAGCCAAACCGGAGCGAAAUGUGCGCAGCGCCUUUACAACAUCUACAGUGGUGCGCAUGCAUGUAGGGGAUGGCAAGUCAUCCUCUGCUGCCAGCAGAUCCAGCAGCCUAGUCAAUCUGUGGAAGAGGAGGGGCUCCUCUGGGGAAACGCUAAGGUACAAAGACAGGAGACUGGCCCAGCACAAGUCGGAAAUAGAGUGUUUCACCCCCAAAGGGAGUAUGGGGAAUGGUGGGAGAGCAACAAUGAGCAGCUCCAAUGGAAAAUCCGUGACGUGGGCCCAGAACGAAAAGAGCAGCCGAGGGCAGCACCUGUGGCAGCGGCUGUCCGUUCACAUCAACAAGAAGGAGAAUCCCAAUCAGACAGCGGUCAUCAAACCCUUCCCCAAGAGCACAGAGAGCCGUGGGCCGGGUGCAGGGGCAGGUAGCUCGGGCCCCGGGGCGGCGGGCACUGGUGGCUCGGGAUGCGCAGUGACAAGUGGCCCGGAGCCUCCUGAUGCAGGCACCAAGGCGUUGUACGACGUGGUGGAGGCAGAGGAGCGUUUCCCAGCAGCUGCCAGGCCGCGCUCUCCUUCGCCCAUCAGCACGCUGAGCCACCUCGCCGGCUCGGCGGGCCGCACAGACGACGACGCACCGUCCCUGCACUCGGAGACAGCUGCACGCAGCAGCUCGUCGCAGGGCUCGCUCAUGGAGCAGAUCAGCAGCGUGGUGACGCGUUUCACCGCCAACAUCACGGAGCUCAACUCCAUGAUGCUGUCCACCGCGGCGGCGCCCGGGCCACCCGGUGCCCCUAUCUGCUCGUCCUACCUGAUCCCCAAAGAGAUCCAGCUGCCCACUACCAUGACGACUUUCGCGGAUAUCCAGCCACUGCCGGCCAUCGAGGUGACCGGAGGAGCUCAGCAGAUGGCAGGGGCGUCACCUGCCCAGGAGACUCCUGCAGGAGCCGAGGCUGCACCAGGCAAACCCGACCUGGAAGAGCUGGUAGCCCUCACUCCGCCAUCUCCCUUCAGGGACUCGGUGGACUCUGGGAGCACCACCCCAAACUCGCCAGUUUCCGAGUCAGCCCUCUGCAUCCCAUCAUCUCCCAAAUAUGACACUCUCAUCAUCAGAGAUUACACGCAGAGUUCCUCGUCAUUGUGAGCCACUGGAAACUUCUCUGGAAUCGGCAUGAGCAGCAGGAGACCUCGGUGUUCACACAUGGGCGCAGCGACACCCAUAGUCACCCCAACAGAGAACCUGAGGUGAAUGAUGCCAAGGGCACACAUAGUGGAGAUACGAGAUCAAUAGUGCUAUUUCACAAACAGCCGAUGACGACACCAACUACACAUCUUCUGGCAGAUUAUCUUCUAGUGGCCUUAGAAAACAUGGGCUUUUAAGAAACACUGCUUCUCUUUUUGAGUGCUGACCAGGAAUGGGUGAAGCAGUUACAAUACCAAGUGCUUUGCUCUGAGGCAGCAACAGUGUGAAACAGUACCCUGGACCGUGAAAAGUGGAGUUAAUAAGCAACUGUAAACAGUUUUGUUUGUUUGCUUCAUUUUCCCAGAAGAGUCUUUGAUUCACCAAACACUGAAUGUACAUUUUCUAACUCAAAAAUCUGGGACCAAAAAAGUUAACCUUUCUGUUUUUUCCUUCCUUCCUGAUCCUGCCAUGUAGACCUUGGAAAGAUAGUUGUAACUCGGGCCCAGUAUUUACUGAGGCUUGUGGGUCUCCUGAAUAACACAAAUGCAUAGUGAGUGUUGUGUUAAUGUACAGAGAGUUUCUAGCAGAGACUUGCUAAUCAGGCUGUGAGAUGCUCUUCCAAAAGCCGGCAUCCUGGAUUCCACCUGGUUAUUUCAGAUUCACCUCCAUUAACCAAGAAAACCAGUGCAAGAUUUCUGGACUAUUUCACCAUGUUGCCAAUCAAUACUGGAGUAGCAAAAAAAAAAAAAAAAAAAAAAAAAAAAUAUUUUCUGGAACAUUGUUUUGUAAUUCCCUCACUGGGGUGCAUUGUGUAGCUGGAAAUUCUCUUUGUAAUAAUUCGUGAGCUGUGGCCUGGCUCUCUUUCAUGAUCUACAGGCACUCCUCCUUAUGAAUGCCCUUCCAUUACUGUUGCCAGCUGAAAUAGUAAGAUCCACAAUGAGCUUACUCAUUCUUUUCUUUUAAGAACCUGAUAUAUACAAAGAGAUCCUCUAUUGUUGGUGGUUGUUUUGAACCCCAUUCCCACAUCUGAAAGAGUGAUCCAUAGAUACUAUAAAGAUAUCACAACUGGAGGAACUGUUAUUGAGAAAAAUAAUAAUAGCAGAAUCUCAAUACAGGAAAGUCAGCAUAGCAAACGUCUGGCUAUGCCCAUGGGCAGUGAUUUUAUCUUUUCUUGGCUGCUUAUAUGGGGCAGCUAUGAACUAAGACAAAUGUAGAUUUUUUUUCAAAGCAAUACAGAACACUAAAACAGAGGAACCUUAAUAUCAACCACAGUCUUUCUCAGCCAUUCCAAAAAAGGCAAAGCAAUUAUGAAUCCUUUACUUUUUAAGAUAGUUAUUGACAUGGUUUUGUGCAUUUCAUACUGUCACUUUAUAAAUACUGCAGGAAAGAGUUUUAGAGUUACAAUAAAAAAUAUACAUGCUUUGGUGGACUCAUAUAGGUAGAAACUGUAGAUCAAGACCUGAAUCUACUGUCAUCUUUUUAUUGGUCCCAUUGCAGCUAUCCUCAGGUACCAAAUGUUCUUGAUUUUUAAAUAAAGAUAGUAAUAAAAGGAGGAGGUAUUCUAUAAAUUUAAAGUUCAGUUGACCCAGCCUUAUACUAAAGAUAGCCUUAUGAGAAAGAUUUGCCAAGAGACAGAAGUAUAUUUUUGGCAGAGAGAAAUUUAAAUAGAAGUUUAAAAUUCCUAUUUCAAUAUCCUUGAUAUCCUGGUCUUUUUUUUUAUUUUAGUUGUUUUUGUUUUGUUUUUUGUUGUUAUUAUUGUUGUUGGAUUUUGUUUUUGCUUGUUUGUUUACCAUCUGAUUUAAAAAGAAAUUGAAACUGGAAGUCUAUCCAUUGCCAUAAUCUGUCAUUCUCCAGUUUUAAGAGUUGUAAUAACUACUGACAUUGCUGUUCUUAUUUGAAAUUUUAAAUCUAAUCUUCCACAUUAUAAGCUAACAAUAAUUCACAAUGACUUAAGCUUCCUAAGUCAGAUUUGAAAAUAGCAUCAUCGGAGCAAUGUGAUCCCAAAUAGUAAUGAUAUUCAUGAAGCAGAAAAGAAAGUCUAGCUAACUUGCAUAGCUUCAUCGAAAGUGAAUGCCUGCCUCUACCUGAAAACCCAGUGUAAAUACUUUGAAAUGCCAGUGCCCCUUGGUAUCUAUCAAAAAACAAAAAAACGUGGCAUUCACCUGGUUUUAGUGUCUGUUUUCUUAGGGGUUAUUAUCUUUCUGGAUAUGCUCUGCUUUCUGAGUUGUAAAUUUUGUUUCACUGAUUCUUUACCUUGGUUUCUGUUUUAUUUUCAUGUGCAAUGAGUUUUACUCCUUCGAUUUUUUUCAUGAACAAAUACUUUUUCUAUGAUUUCUGUGGCAUUUUUUCCUUUAAAAGUUUACCACUUUAUCAGAAAGUUGCACCAGAAAUUUAAGUUUAAUGCAAUUUCCAUCUAUAAUUUUUUGUGAUGUCAUAGCUAUAAAUAAAAUAAUUUAUUCAAUUAGAAGGAGAUAAAAUUAUUUUCCUUAUAUGUUACAAUAACAUUUGCCAUCUCAUUGAAUACAUUGUAUAUUGCACAUACCAAUAAUACAUCUUUGAAAUCUUUUAUUUUGGAAUGAUGCUAACUCUCUCUUUGCCAAUUUUAAUACCAGGUUCCAAGUAAUAACUAUAAUAUAAAGAGAAUUGAAUAUUUAUUCUAGGGCUAGGAUAUGAACUUCCCAAUUCAUUUGGGUACCUAUUCUUACUGAGUUUCCUUGAUAACAAUCUGUUCCUGGUACCCAGUAGUAAAUCAGUUGGGACCUGUCUGACUAAAAGGAAGGAUGAGAAUGCUAAAGACCAGUAAAGUGGCCUAAAAGACGAUUUUGGUCCUGGGAACUAAGAGGAGACCUAGUUUGACUAAGUUUAUUGGCUAAAAGGUGCACUCACCUUACUGUUGAGAGAAGUAGAGUGAUCCUGAGAAGAUUGUUUUUGAAUAGGGCUAGACAUAGGGAGCAGACCAGGAAUAUGGAGAGGAAACUCAUAAGAAAACUGACAGAUGCAAAGGAGAAAAAUAAAACAAAUCUCCAAACGUGCUAAUCUUUGGACAUGAUAGUCUUUUUCAAAUGACUGACAUACCAGCAAGUGAUCAGAAAGACUCGGAGCUAUUUAUGACUGUAAAUGCAUUGAAUAAUGGCUCUGCUGCAGGCUGACUUCCAAACCAGGAAUUCAACACUCUUUUUAAGAAAAAAAAAGAAAAAAGAAAAAAAAUUUACUGUGCUAGUCUCCCAGCAAAAUGUACAUGGUCUGGAGACUUCAAAGUUAUUAUAUGAGUUCACAUUUAGCAACAGCUUAUUAAUAACCCUCAAGCUGUCAGAAUCUCUAUAGUUACCAUUUACAAUUUUAUACUGUGAAAAAAAUACAGAUCAGUGAAAGCAUAAAGAUAAUUCAGAAUUUGCUUUGAAGAUGGUUUGAGGCCUGGGAGAAUCUCUAAUGUCUAUUGAAGAAUGGGGCAUGUAUAAAACAGUUGGCUGGAUUUCACUGAUCUUCCCAAUGUGAACAAAUAUACUAUGUAUAUUGUGUGUCUUUCUAGAAUUCAAUGGCAGCUGCUGGUGAUGUUGUAAUUAGAAAUCUAUAUAGAAUAUAGAUGUUUAGAAAGAUGGUGCCAAUACUAAAAUAUUUGUGUGGGCUACAAGUGCUUGUACUUAAUUUUUUUCUGCACUCAGAACUGAUUUGGUUUUAAAACUGUGCACAAUCUGUUCUUUUUCUGUUGUUGCAGCUUGUACUAUUAAAAUAAUAGAGAAUGUUAAAUUA